AUGCUCCAUGUUGAAAGCCACGUAGGUGCUUGUGAAGACAAGGGUGGCGACUUUACUGCCCUUCGCUCGAUCCACGACGAUAUCGCAAAAGAUAAAAUGGACUGCGUGCGAGGUUUUCCGGAAGCGUGUCGGGCGUGGACGAUUCUUGUCGCUGGGCUAGUGGAUCGACUUCGUGCUGCACCUCGUCGAUGCAGUUACGUUCCGUUGGCGUCUGGUCAAAAUUCCAUAAUCAAUUCUACACUCAGCGUCAGUUCAUUGGAGUUAAGGAGGUUUGAUCAUUGUGGAACACCCCAGUCACUUCCCGAUAUUGAAAUAGCAGCUUUAGAAAAGGCACUUCCGCACGUCCGAUCAAGUAAUCCGGCGUUAGCUUCAAUAAACUGA